AUGGAUCUGGGUGGUCGUGCUAAUAGACUAGGGAUGGAGUUAUUGAACCAGUCUAACUACAAGGUAUGGAAGACUUGUAUGGAGUCAUACCUUGUUGGUGAAGAUUUGUGGGAAGUUGUCAAUGGGAGUAACACAAGUCCUCCUGCUGAUGCACCGAAAAAUAGCAAUGCGCAUAAGAAGUGGAAGCAGAUUAAUGCUAACGCGGAGUUUAUCCUAAAUAGGUCUAUCUCUCCUAAUUUAUUUGAUCAUAUUAUAAGGUGUAAAUCAGCUCAUGAAAUAUGGAGGACCUUCGAUCGACUGUUCAACAAGAAGGAUGAAGCUCGGCUACAGAUUUUGGAGAAUGAGUUAGCUAACACCACUCAAGAUAAUCUCUCUAUCGACAAGCAUAUAAAAAGAUAUUGUCGAGCCAAAGAGAGCAAUAUGGCUCAAACCAAGAAAGCUGCUGAAGAAAAAGAAAAAGAAGAAGACUGGGGAAAGUGCUUUGCAGCGGAGACUCGAGCAAUAGAUGCCAUGGCUUCCACAAAUUUUGAAAGAGACUGGAUCGUGGAUUAA